UUUGUGCGCUGUGCUGGCGGGGUGGGGGCGGGACCGCGAGGGGAGAGUGGCUGCGCCAGGUCCUCGACAAAUGAAUUAGUCAGACAGUAUUACCUAUGGGAGACUCGUUUUUCCUCUCUGUAAAUUACGGAUAUUAGGAAUACUUGCCGCUUCAGGUUGUUUUGAGCACUUGCAUUGUUUAGGUGCUGUAUUUACUGGGUGUGCGUUCCCUGGGAGAGUCCGGGGGAGACGGCGCCUGCACCGGCCCCAGGGCCUCGCUGCCCGUGGAGUGCAAGAGCAAAGGGGCUGGCCUAGCUGCCCACUAGGGCCCCUUUUGGCUCUGAUCGUCCCCGUAUCCCAACUUAUUAUUUAUACGUUGCGCGUUCGUUUAUGUAUUAGGUAUAAUCAUGGCGCAGUAUCCUGAAGCCGUCGGAGUCUGUGUGCCGGUGGAAGGUCUGGGACAAGUUUAAGAAGAGAGAACCUAAAUUGGUAAUAAAUCAAUAAGAAAUGUUUACAUUCACUCAAUGAAAAGUGUCAUGUCUGAGCUCAGCAUAUAUCGGAGCCACACAUGGACAUCUCUCCCUCCUCCACUAAGAGCAGAAAAUGAACAAAUUCCAGGAACAAGUGUCAUUCAAGGAUGUAUGUGUGGACUUCACUCAGGAAGAGUGGUAUCUGCUGGACCCUGCUCAGAAGAUGUUAUACAGAGAUGUGAUCCUGGAAAAUUAUAGCAAUCUUGUCUCAGUAGAAAGGAAAUGGAAAGUUGAUGAUGUGUUAAAGAGCAGCCAGGAAAAUGAAGAUGACCAUUUUUGGGAGCUUCUAUUCCACAACAACAAAACAGUAAGUGCAGAAAGUGGAGAUAAAGAAAGGAAAACUUUCUAUUUGGGCACAGACCCUGUUUCUUUAAGAAAUUAUCCCUAUAAAAUAUGUGACUCAUGUGAAAUGAGUUUGAAAAAUAUUUCAGGCUUAAUUAUUAAUAAAAAGAACUGUUCCAGAAAGAAGCCUGAUGAGUUUAAUGUAUGUGAGAAACUGCUCCUUGAUAUUAGGCAUGAGAAAAUUCCUUUUGGAGAUAAAUCUUAUAAAUAUGAUCAAAAAAGGAAUGCUAUUAAUUAUCACCAGGAUCUCAGUCAGCCAAUUUUUGACCAACCAUUCGAGUAUAAUAAAAAUGGACAAGGCUUCCAUGAUGAGGCAGCAUUUUUAACAAAUAAGAGAUCUCAGAUAGGAGAGACAGUCUGUAAAUAUAAUGAAUGUGGAAGAACAUUCAUUGAAAGUUUAAAGCUCAAUGUAUCUCAAAGAACUCAUUUGGAAAUGGAGCCAUAUGGAUGCAGUAUUUGUGGGAAGUCCUUCUGUGUGGAUUUAAGAUUUGGACAUCGGAGAGCUCUUACAAAGGACAAUCCUUAUGAAUAUAAUGAAUAUGGGGAAAUCUUCUGUGACAACUCAGCUUUCAUUAUCCAUCAGGGAGCAUACACAAGAAAGAUUCUCCGUGAAUAUAAAGUGAGUGACAAAACGUGGGAAAAGUCAACUCUCUUAAAACAUCAGAUAGUACACAUGGGGGGAAAGUCUUAUAAUUACAAUGAAAAUGGGAGUAAUUUCAACAAGAAGUCACAUCUUACCCAGCUUCGGAGAGCUCACACAGGAGAAAAAACCUUUGAAUGUGGCGAAUGUGGAAAAACCUUCUGGGAGAAGUCAAACCUAACUCAACAUCAGAGAACACAUACAGGAGAGAAGCCCUAUGAAUGUACUGAAUGUGGGAAAGCCUUUUGCCAGAAACCACACUUGACCAACCAUCAGCGAACACAUACGGGAGAAAAACCCUAUGAAUGUAAGCAGUGUGGAAAAACAUUCUGUGUGAAGUCAAACCUCACUGAACAUCAGAGAACACACACUGGGGAGAAGCCCUAUGAAUGUAAUGCAUGUGGGAAAUCCUUCUGCCACAGAUCAGCCCUCACUGUCCAUCAGAGAACACACACAGGAGAGAAACCCUUUAUAUGUAAUGAAUGUGGAAAAUCCUUCUGUGUGAAGUCAAACCUCAUUGUACAUCAAAGAACUCACACAGGGGAGAAACCCUAUAAGUGUAAUGAAUGUGGAAAAACCUUCUGUGAAAAAUCAGCUCUCACUAAACAUCAGAGGACUCACACAGGGGAGAAGCCAUAUGAGUGCAAUGCAUGUGGGAAGACCUUUAGUCAGAGGUCAGUGCUCACCAAACAUCAGAGAAUUCACACAAGGGUGAAAGCACUUUCAACAUCCUGAAUGUUAGAAGCCUUCAUACACCUGUGAAAUUUGUUACACAGUUUCAAAAAAGGAGAGUAGAGAAAGCCAAAGAAUGCCAGAAACUUGUAGAAAAUGACUUCUUGUCUGAAUAUAUGAAAGCUUUCAAGAAAAGCUAAAACUUUUCAUUGGAAAAUUUGUACUGAGGGGAAUCUUAUUCAUCUAAGUAAUAUGGUAAAAAUCUUUAUCUAGAAUUUGUGUUGUUUAGUGUUACAUUCCAGAUGUGAUACCAAAAUUUUAUUGUAAAUAUAAUGGACAAUAUUCAUUUAUAUCCAUAUUCACAGUAGAAUCUGAAGCUUAUAAAAGUUGAAUGACAGCAGCGUUAAACAUGUAUAUGAAGAGUCCCUGAUGUUUGUAGACCUUAUGUGAGUAUGCUAAUGUAAUAAAUUUGAGUAUGCUUGAUUUGUAUAUUGGAGCUCAACAUGACUGUGAGGAGGAAAUAUGUACCCUUAAUUGAGUAACUACUAUGGUAUGUGUUAAUAUUUUCUACACUAAAUACCACUGAUGUCUUUAUAGGUUGAUAUAUAUAUGUGUAUGUUUGUGUGUAUAUAUGUGUGUAUAUGUAAAUAUAUUUCUGGACACAUACUUAAAUAUAGUGAUGUGCUAGUAUAACCUCAUACUGACUUAAAAGUGCUGCUGAUUUUUAAAGUUUAAGGAAUUUUGUGAGCCAGUUAUUAAAAUCAGUCAUUAUUUAAAAUAUGUAAACUUACAGUUAAAUUGAAAACAAAGGUAAUAAAUACUUAGCAUUCA